AUGGACAGAUCUCACUUUCGCACCGUCGACAGCAUCAGCUAUCUCUGGGAGGCCUUGGACCUUCCAGUGCAAGCGCUCACAGCCCUCCACCUCCCCGACGUGGACGCCGUCGGACUCCCCUCGUCUUUCAAGAUCGGUCACUUGGCCCAGACAUCCAUCGCCCUGACGGCGCUGCUAGCCGCACUCAUCUACACAGAGAGACAGGGAAAACCCGACGAGGCGGUGCCGACGGUCACCGUGCCCCUCCAACACGCGGUGAUCGAGUUCAAGUCCGAGCGGUUCUUCACCGUCGCGGGCCACCGCUUACCGUCCCCGUGGGGUCCCAUUGGUGGCCUGCACAGGACCUCGGACGGCUACGUGCGCGUGCACGACUCGUUUCCGCACCACCGUGCCGGUGCGGUGAGGCUGCUGGGGUGUCCCGAGGACGCGGACCGCGAUGCCGUGGCAGAGAAGAUUGCGAAGUGGCGGUGCGUCGACCUGGAGAAUGCCGCCGUCGACGCUGGUGUAGUGAUUGCCGCCCUGAGAACCUACGAGCAGUGGGACGUCCUCCCUCAGGCGCAGGCGAUCAAGGACUUUCCCAUCCAGAUCAGGAAGAUUGCUGAUGGUGCCGGUGCUGGUGCUGGUGGUGGUGGUGUAACCAGAUGGCCAGAAAAGAUGGCUCACGGUAACGGCACGGACAAAGCCCUCUGCGGUCUCCGAGUGCUGGAGAUGAGUCGUGUCAUCGCAGCCCCAGUGGCGGGAAGAGCUCUCGCGGCGCACGGCGCCGAGGUUCUCUGGGUAACGAGUCCGACGCUCCCCGACCAGCCGAGUCUCGACCGCGACACCGCCCGGGGCAAACGCACGGCGCGUCUGGACCUCAACCACGCCUCGGACAUGGAGACCCUGCUCUCUCUGCUCGACGACGCCGACGUCUUCCUGCAGGGCUACCGGCCGGGCAGUCUUGCGUCGCGGGGACUCUCGUGCGAGACGCUCGCGGCGCGACGGCGCGAGAACGGGAACGCGAGGGGAAUCAUCUGCGCUAAUCUGUCGGCCUACGGACCCGACGGGCCCUGGCGCGCCCGACGCGGGUUCGACUCGCUCGUGCAGACGUGCGCGGGUAUGAACGCGUCCGAGGCCGAACACUUCCUCGACGAGAAUGACACCCCGGCAAAACCCACGCCGUGUCAAGCCCUCGACCACGCGUCGGGCUACUUUCUCGCCGCGGGGAUUCUGGCGGCACUGUACCGUCAAGCCCACGAGGGCGGCUCGUACGAGGUGAACGUCAGCCUGGCAGGGACGAUGAAAUACCUGCGUAGCCUCGGCCAGUAUGCGAGGGGGUCGGGGUUCCAGCAGUGCAAGGACUACGCGACGCAGGGGGACGUGCCCGAGCAAUUCCUCGAGGAGCACAUGUCCGGCUUCGGUCCGCUCAGGGCCGUCAAGCACUCGGCCUCUAUCAACGGCGUGCCCGUGGGGUGGGAUAUCAUGCCGAAACCGCUGGGGUCGGAUGAGGCUCGGUGGCUUUGA